AUGACGAAUGGGACCGAGUAGUGCCGAAUCAACUGCUGGUUGGGGCUUACGCUUGCCCGGUGAACACUUUAUUGACUAUUUUCUUGCGUUAUUCUUAUAAUAAAACAUCGAAAUUGAAAUAUGGCAUAUACGUAUUAAACAGUUAAGUAAAAGUGAACGACAAGUGACAGUGUCUUGGUUAUUGUAUUGGAGUUACCGUACGUGCAAUUAUAUAAAUAUAAAUUUCGUUACUAAGACAUGAAACCUGGAAGAUUCUUCUCGCCAGCUGCACCUGAUGUAUUACGUUAAUUGGUGCUAAUUAUAUUUGCGACUAAAAUAAAGGUAGGAUCGUAACGUCAUUGUUACACAACCAUCCAAUUGUAUACAAAGGAAGUCGGCAGUUUGCGCUCUAUAAGGAAGUAUCUAGCCAGGAUAAUGCCGACCACAGUACACGAGAACAUCGCGCUCCUUAACAUGAUGUCUUCAGACAAUUUAGAUGACGAUUUAAAAAGUGUUCAGCUUCAUUACCCAUCUGAUCGACGCUUGCAAAGCGACGGCGCAUGCGUGGAGGAGAGGGUCAGAACCUCACGUGGAGACAUCCUGGUGGCAGUCCGGGGGGACCGUAAAAAGCGCGCCAUAAUCACCUACCAUGACCUCGGACUAAAUUAUGCAGCGAAUUUUCAAGCGUUUUUCAAUUUUGUUGAUAUGAGAGCUAUUUUGGACAAAUUUUGCAUCUAUCACGUUAAUGCCCCUGGCCAAGAAGAGGGUGCCCCGACCCUACCCGAAGAUUUCGUUUAUCCUAGUGUGGAUGAACUGUCUUCCCAGAUUGACUUUGUUCUCGGCCACUUUGGAAUAAGGUCGUUUAUUGGAUUCGGAGUCGGUGCAGGAGCCAAUGUACUAUCUCGUUACGCGCUCGCUAAUCCACAAAAAGUUGAUGCGCUAAUUUUGAUCAACUGCACUUCCACACAGGCCGGGUGGACCGAAUGGCUCUACCAAAAAAUUAACACCAGGCAGCUGCGUUCCAGUGGAAUGACUCAAGGAGCCCUAGACUAUCUCAUGUGGCAUCAUUUUGGUCGAAGCACUGAUAAUCGUAACCAUGAUUUAGUGCAUGUCUACAAAGAAUGUUUCUCGCACGUGAACCCAGUGAAUUUAUCUAUGUUUAUUGAUUCAUACUUGCGCCGUACGGAUCUGGGAAUCUCGCGCGACAGCAACUCCAUUAAGGUGCCCGUCUUGAACGUGACCGGGGCACUAUCUCCUCACGUGGAAGACACAGUGACGUUCAACGGUCGUUUGGAACCAUCCAAGACGUCUUGGCUUUGUAUCUCCGAUUGUGGAAUGGUUUUGGAGGAACAGCCUAACAAAAUAUCGGAGGCAUUCCGAUUGUUCCUUCAAGGGGAAGGUUACUGCAGGUAGUCAUGUUGCGUAGGAAUUCCAAUAUAAAUAUGCAACGCUGCUACAUUUAACCUAGAAAUGCACAUGAUGCUUAUCCCCACGCGAGCUUCUACAACACAUUUGUUGUGAGCGCAUUGGAAACGUAGGAAACAAAAUUGUUAUGCCUUGUUUUAGAUAUAAUUACGAAAUAUAUUUAUUUUACGGCUUAAA